AUGUUGUUGUUCUCCGCGAUCGAAGAGAGUGGUGACAAUUUCAGCAGCACGAACGGGCAUGCCAAAGCCAGCACACCUAAACGAUGUUUCGGUCUUAACAAUUCCAGCACUCUAUCAAGAUUGAAGAGCCUGUGCUCGCAAGGAGCCGGGGGAAAAGACUUCCCCUACAGCUCAGCCAUCGCCGAAAACAUUCCUGUAUACGAUCUAUCACAGUUUUCUGCUAGUGACAAGGAGUUAGUCUCUGCACUUCAGGACACAUGGCACGAAGUUCUGCAUAAUGGUCCUGGUGUCUUUGUCCUCAAAGCAUUUUACCCAAAGGACUCCCUCAUCACUAUCGAUAAAUCUAACGAGAUAUUUGACUCCAUAAUAGCAGCCGAAGCCUCAUUGUCUCGUGGUGACCACUUUGCAGCUUCGGAAGCAAACAGUCGUAUAUGGAACUCUCUGCAAAAGCAUGCGUUAACCGAUCCAGCGUCCUUCCUGGCAUACUAUUCCAAUCCCUGGAUCAAACACGUCUCAGAAGCUUGGCUAGGUCCAGACUACACCGUGACUGCACAAGUCAAUAUCGUCCGACCUGGCGGCAAGCCGCAAAUGCCCCAUCGGGACUAUCAUCUUGGCUUUCAGACCGCCGAGCAAUGUGCAAGGUGGCCCAAGACGAUGCAUGCCGUAUCUCAAUUUCUGACGUUGCAAGGUGCUGUCGCCCAUAGUGAUAUGCCACUUGAGUCUGGGCCCACAAGAUUCCUGCCCUUCAGUCAACUCCUAGAGGAAGGGUACAUGGCGUGGCGGACCGAUGAGGUCAAGGACUAUUUUGCAGACAGGUGGGUCAGUCUGUCGUUGAACAAGGGCGAUGCAGUCUUCUUUAAUCCUGCACUACUACAUGCCGCUGGCGAGAAUGAGACAAGUCCAGGCCCAAAUGGGGUCGACAGAAGCGCGAACCUGUUGCAAAUCAGCAGUGCCUUUGGGAAAACAAUGGAAGCGAUCGACCAUGACUCCAUGGUAGAUGCGUGCUGGGAUGAGCUAGCUCAGUGCAUGAGGGAGGAGACUUUGGACGCGCUCGAGAUUGAAUGUGCGGUACGAGCUAUGACUGAAGCUUACCCUUUCCCAACGAACUUGGAUCGACGUCCACCUGCACCGGGUGGCAUGGCGCCAGAGAGCCAGACAGAUCUUGUGCUGAGAUGCCUGAAAGAGGGUAAAUCCAAGCAGGAGGUCAUGCAAGUCCUGAAAGAGUACAAGGAGAGUUCUAGCGGUUAA